UUUCACAAGGAAAAGUUGCGGGAUCUGAAGUUCGAGGUUUCAAGAAUAAAUUCGAGUAAAAAAAAAAAAGAAACAAACAAUCAAAGUGGAUUAUAAUUAUAAAAGAUUUUCGCCCGGUGGUAGUUAGGUUUAGUCUUCUCGUUCCCCUAUGUGAAGUGGAGGUAUUCAUCCACUUGUAUUUCCGUUGAUAUUCGUCAGUUCACACCGAGAUGAUCCCCAGAUCUUGUGCCCCCGUUUUUGUGCUCUGCCUUAUCCUUACUGCUGCGCAGACGACAGCUACCCCGUCAGAUUCGUUCCUUAGUGAUGAGUAUAUUAACCACAUCAAUUCGAUUCAAAGUUCUUGGACGGCAGGUAGGAAUUUUGAGGACUCUCCGGAGGCCAUGGAAAUGAUCAAAUCACUCCUCGGUGAACUGCCCAUGGAAGAUAACUCAUCUUCUAACCCGCCACUGAAAACUGCGGACCCCGCAUGGCCGUCUGAUGCCGAGAUCCCGGCUACUUUCGACGCGCGGUCCAAAUGGAAGGACUGGUGCCCAAGGAUUGCUGAUAUCUGGGAUCAAAGCAACUGCGGAUCGUGCUGGGCUGUCGCUAGCAGUUCAGCGGUCACAGAUCGGUUCUGCAUCGGCUCUAAAGGCAAGUUCAAAGGUCUAAUGUCGGCUCAGCACGUCGCUUUUUGUUGCUACAAGUGUGGAGCGGGCUGUAAGGGAGGGUUUUCCGCUUUGGCUUGGGAAUUUUUCAUGAAGAAAGGACUGGUCACGGGCGGUGGUUACAACUCGAGCGAGGGCUGCCAACCCUACAAUCUUGAGCCCUGCCAGCACUGGGAACAGAAAAACAAAAGUCCUUACCCCAAAUGCACGGACCUCCCUUACCCCGUUACUUUCUGCGAGAAGAAGUGCACCAACAAAGGCUACCGGUCGUCCUUCAAGGAGGACAAACGAAAAAUAAAGAAAUAUUAUGCGAUUCGUGAUCCAAAAGAUAUUCAAAAGGACCUCAUGACCUACGGUCCCCUCUCGAUGACUUUCGUUGUGUACGCAGAUUUCCCAAGUUACAAAAAAGGUGUUUACGAUAGGACAACAGAUGAGUACCUCGGAAUGCAUGCAGUUAAGGUGAUCGGAUGGGGAACGGAAAAAAACACACCGUACUGGCUGAUCUCGAAUUCCUGGAACGAAUACUGGGGAGACAAGGGCACCUUCAAGAUACUGCGGGGAGGCAAUCAUUGCGAGAUAGAGAAUGGUGUUUACGGCGGAGUGCCCCGGGAACGGGAGGAAUGGUGAACCAUCGGUAUUUCUCCAUUUUAAGCUGUGCUAAAGAAUCGAUUAUUAAUACGUUCGUUGCGAA